CUGUACAGUGUAUCACAAUUCUAAACAUGCUUGAGUGAACGAGACCUGAUUAAGAAUGGCUCGUGCGUUCAUAAAAUCGCCAUACUCUGGGAAGAUUUAACGUUGGAAUUCUACUCAAACUAAAUAAGUUAAAUUAUUUUCUUUUUGUUGUAACGGCCACGAGGGAAAAUGUAAGGAGACAACAAUUGACUUUAUCAACAAUGUAGCUGUUGUGUUGGCAAACUGAGACGAGAUGAUUUUCAAAACGCUCGCAGGUAAAACUUCGUUCGUGGGGCUUCGUUUACCGCAGACAUUUCUAUUCUUACUGUUUCUCGGAAGUCUGGGAUUUGGAGCUUUGUUCUUUUUGCCUGAAACAUCUCGUUUGAAACGUAUUUUUCAACAUAAUUCGGACAACUCGGCAGUUAUCACCGAUUCGAUGAAUGGACAAAGUACACAGCCCAGCUCACCCAUUGGGCUCAUUGGAGCCGCUCGGUUCGAUAUUGGAGUGCUACGUAUACAAUCACAACUCUCAUCUUCAAAUGGAAAACAGACAAAUAAUAACAAGGAAAGUCAAGGAACAAUUUCAAUGGAGCAUACGUCUGAAGGUGACGCUGCCGACGACAAGGUGCAUACAAGGGGCGUGGUGGUAUCGAUUCGGGCGCGCUCACCUGUGAGAGUGAAGUUGAGGAAUUGUAUGCUGAAACCGCCAUAUGGCGCAAAUUAUGGAAAACCUAGUGAUCCUGAAUCUCUGCAGCGUCGGGAGAAAGUCAAAGAGAUGAUGAAGUUCGCUUGGGACAACUAUAAGCGCUACGCAUGGGGGGAGAAUGAGCUGCGACCACUCUCCAGGAAUGGCAAUGAUGGCAGGACAUUUGGUGGGUUAAGAGGUGCCUCUAUCGUGGACUCUCUUGAUACCCUCUACAUUAUGGGGCUUGGUGAAGAGUACCAGGAGGCCAAGGAGUGGGUGGAGAACAACCUGAACCUCAAUGUAGGUGGAGAGGCGUCUCUGUUUGAAGUGAAUAUCCGCUACGUGGGUGGCCUGCUGUCUGCCUACUACCUAACAGGAGAGGAGGUGUUUAAAAGGAAAGUGGUGGAGCUGGGGAAAAAUCUGUUACCUGCCUUCAACACUCCCACAGGCAUACCACAUGGAGUUGUCAACCUGGCCAGUGAUUCCAAGAGGUGGUCCGGAGGGGAUUUGGGGAGGAGCAGUGUUCUAGCAGAGUUUGGAACCCUGCAUCUGGAGUUUGUUCAUCUGUCAGAACUCACCAAUGAUCCCAUUUAUACCGAGAAGGUUAUGAAUAUUAGGAAACACCUGAACCAGCUGGACAAGCCACGUGGCCUCUACCCAAACGCUCUCAACCCAGUCAGUGGGAAUUGGGAACAGCAUUAUGUCUCCAUUGGGGCCCUUGGUGACAGUUUCUACGAGUAUCUAAUAAAAUCCUACCUGAUGUCAGACAGGACAGAUGAAGUUGCCAAAAGAAUGUACUAUGCUGCACUGGAGGCCAUAGAGAAUAACCUAGUCCAGAGGUCUCCUGGGGGGCUGAUCUACGUGGCUGAGUGGAGAGGGGGUAUCCUGGAUCACAGGAUGGGUCACCUGGCCUGCUUCUCUGGAGGGAUGAUCGGGAUCGGGGCUGAACACGGCAGUCCAGAGACUAGGCAGCACCAACUGGACCUGGCUGCUAACAUCACCCAUACCUGCCACGAGUCCUACAGGCGUACACCCACUAAGCUGGGCCCAGAGGUGUUCCGGUUUGAUGAUGGAGCGGAGGCCACAGCACCCAGAGUAAACGAAAGGCAUUACAUCCUGAGGCCAGAGGUCGUGGAGAGCUACAUGUACAUGUGGAGACUGACCCAUGACCCCAAGUACAGAGAGUGGGGCUGGGAGGCUCUGGAGGCUCUGGAGCAACACUGUCGACUUGCCACAGGGUUCUCUGGUAUCAUUGAUGUCUACGGCCAUAUAAUCCAACACGACAACUUACAGCAGAGUUUCUUUCUGGCAGAAACACUCAAGUAUCUGUACCUGCUGUUCUCUGACGACGAUCUCCUGCCUCUGAAGGACUGGGUGUUUAACACAGAAGCACACCCUCUACCUGUCAUCCCCAGGAACUGCUCUCAGGAGAAAGGACACAGACCCAAUUGGACUCAUUGACAGGCUUAUAGGGCUCCUUUGAAAUGGAUCAUAUAUGGUGUAUGUUCAUUGUCGGGCUUAGCUCCAGUGUUUGGCCCAAACAUUUUGCCUUUAUGUUUUCAUCUCUGAGGCCUGGCCUCAAAAAGCCCUAAGAAAUUAUUGGGGGCCCCCUUUCUGGCCCUAGUCACUUUGAUUAAACUGCAUGAGAUGGAUGGUCAGUGAGACACAUAUCUCUGUGGAUACUGUUGAACUGAUUUUGUCUUCAAUGUGAAAGCUGUUGUUGUUUCUGUGAAUCAUCAGAAACCAACAAUGAGUAUAUACAGUGCGUUGCGAAAGUAUUCGGCCCCCUUGAACUUUGCGACCUUUUGCCACAUUUCAGGCUUCAAACAUAAA